AUGGCAGAGAACAGCAGAAUGGCCAACCUUAUACACCACCAUCACCACCACCACCCUCCUCGUUUUGGCGAAAUCCCCGUUCCUCACGGUCCCGAGACGGGCUCCGAUUCCGAUGACCUGCCAGAGGGCCAGCGGUCCGAGGAGGAGCGCAUGAUCUUCCAGUACCUCACGCACCCCGAAGACAUCUACACACCCGAGGGCGUCUACUGGGCCGACCUACCGCUUAGACAACGCAUUGCCUUCGUCAACCAGGUCAACAAUGCCGAGGCCAAGAAGGAGCUGAAGUCCAUUGGCGCCAUGAUGAAGAAGGACCCCCUCAGCCCCAUCUCCUGGUAUUUCCGCAAUGCUGUUCUGCCCGGCGCCGGUUUGGGCCUCGAGGGAUACGUGCUCUUCUCCAUCGGCAAUCUCGAACCCCUGUUCGCCGCCGCAUGGCCUACGUGCUGGGGAAAGUCGGCCACCGAAUGCGCCCACAACUGGAUUUCGGCCGUCACCUACCUCGAGGUCCUCGGUAUCAUGGUUGGACAAAUGGGCGUUGGUAUCAUUGGUGACUGGAUGGGUCGACGAUGGGGUCUUAUUCAGGACGCCGCCAUCAUGUUCGUCGGCCUUCUUAUGCUGACAGCUAGUUGGGGCACGACUCUGCAGGGUUGGGUCAUCUGCUACGCUUGGUCCCUGUUCUUCUACGGCUUCGGCGUCGGCGGAGAGUAUCCCAUCACAGCCACCUCGUCCAUGGAGAAUGCUGUGGGUGCCGGCAAGCUAUCGACUCGCGAGGACCGUCUCCAUCGUGGUCGAAAAGUCACCAUGGCUUUCCUCAUGCAAGGGUGGGGCCAACUGGUCAACCAGGCCGUCCUCAUCAUCCUCUUGCUCGUCUUCCACCACGGCAGCGGCAAUCCGCCAUACAGUCAUGUCGCCGUGCAGUGGACGUUCCGCAUCUCUUUCGCCCUUCCUGCCAUUGGAACAGCCUGGCUCGUCUACUAUCGUACCUGGAAGAUGCCGCACGCCUCCCGCCAGUUGCAGAUUGCCAAACGCAAGAGCAACGUCACCGGCUACGACGUCGCAUCUCUCCGCAUGACCUUCAAGCACUUUGGUGGUCGCCUGCUUGCCACUGCUGGCACCUGGUUCUGCAACGAUGUCUUCUUCUACGGCAACAAGCUGUUCCAGUCACAAUUCAUCUCCGUCAUCUCCAACGACACGAGCAGCGUCAUGACAACGUGGACCUGGAACCUGAUCAACGUCGUUGUGUCGUUGGCUGGCUACUACUGCGCAUCCUUGCUGAUCGAUAACAAGCUGUACGGCCGCAAGAUGAUGCAGCAGGUCGGCUUCCUCAUGUGCUUCGUCAUGUUCGUCGUCCCCGCCUUCAACUAUUACUACUACAGCCACACCAUGGGCAUCCACGCCUUCCAGGCCAUGUAUUUCCUCAGCAGCUUUUUCAACCAGUUCGGACCCAACAGCGUCACCUUCCUCGUCGCCGGCGAGGUGUUCCCGACACCGGUACGCGCCACUGCCCACGGCUUCUCGGCAUGCAUCGGCAAGGCUGGCGCACUGCUGGCUUCUGUCCUCUACAACUACAUUGACACCCAAACCAAGUUCUACGUUGUGCCCUGGUUUGGCCUGGCCGGCAUGCUUCUUACCUGGGUUUUCCUGCCUGACACUACUGGUCUGGACCUCAAGGAGCAGGAGCGUCGGUGGAACUACAUCCGUGAUGGCCGCCCUGAGGACUACCACGGCAUUGCAGUGCACCCCGAGCAUCUCAGCCUGUGGGAGCGCAUGUGGGGCGUCGGAAAGUCUUACAAUCCCGAUCUUGACGUUAAGGCCAAGAUGGAGGACCUGCGACGCGAGUGGAAGGAGAAAGAGGACAUCAAGCGCCAGAGGGAGGUGCACGGGGAACACCAGCCCGAGGAGGACGACGACUUCACCGAUGCGGCGCACGGCUACUUCCAGCGGACUAGCGAUCGCCCCCAGAAGGAGACCGGCGUGCUCGGUGAGAAGAUCGACUUCCCAGAUGAAGAGGACACAAGGAGAGGCAGCGGCACCGCUAGCGGCAGUGGCAGCAAUAGCAGGGCUGACCUCGAUGCCUCACAAGAGAAGGGAGAGAGCAGCCAGAGUGGAGAGAGACUCAACGAGAAGUCGUGA